AUGUUGGGUGUUCUUGAAACUGAUGGCGAAACCAUUCUAAAAGGCCUCCAGUCCAUUUUCCAGGAGCAGGGGAUGGUGGAGUCGGUGCAUACCUGGCAGGACCACGGCUAUUUAGCAACCUACACAAACAAAAACGGCAGCUUUGCCAAUUUGAGAAUUUACCCACAUGGUUUGGUGUUACUGGACCUUCAGAGUUAUGAUACCGAUGCACAGAGCAAGGAAGAAAUUGACACACUUCUGAACAAAGUUGAAGAAAGAAUGAAAGAAUUGAACCAGGACAGUACUGGACGGGUGAAGCGAUUACCACCCAUAGUGCGAGGAGGGGCCAUCGACAGAUACUGGCCCACCGCUGACGGGCGCCUGGUUGAAUACGACAUUGAUGAAGUGGUGUAUGAUGAAGAUUCGCCGUAUCAGAACAUUAAAAUUUUACACUCAAAGCAAUUUGGAAAUAUUCUCAUCCUUAGCGGGGAUGUCAAUUUGGCAGAGAGUGACUUGGCGUAUACCCGGGCCAUCAUGGGCAGUGGCAAAGAAGAUUACACUGGCAAAGACGUACUGAUUCUGGGAGGUGGAGAUGGGGGCAUAUUAUGUGAAAUAGUCAAACUGAAACCAAAGAUGGUCACUAUGGUAGAGAUUGACCAAAUGGUGAUUGAUGGAUGUAAGAAAUAUAUGCGAAAAACGUGCGGUGAUGUCUUAGACAAUCUUAAAGGAGACUGCUAUCAGGUUCUAAUAGAAGAUUGUAUUCCAGUACUGAAGAGGUACACCAAAGAAGGGAGAGAGUUUGAUUAUGUGAUUAAUUAUUUGACGGCUGUUCCAAUCUCCACGUCUCCAGAAGAAGAUUCCACAUGGGAGUUUCUCAGACUGAUUCUUGACCUCUCCAUGAAAGUAUUGAAGCAGGAUGGAAAAUAUUUCACACAGGGGAACUGUGUCAAUCUGACAGAAGCCCUGUCGCUCUAUGAAGAACAGCUCAGGCGCUUGUAUUGUCCUGUGGAAUUUUCGAAGGAGAUCGUUUGUGUCCCUUCAUAUUUGGAAUUGUGGGUAUUUUACACUGUGUGGAAGAAAGCUAAGCCUUGAAGAUGAAUAUCCCCAAUCAUGUGCUGCAGAUAACCUUCCUGACCUCCAUAUG